CCUUUGUCGAACUCCACGCAUCAGCAAGUCUCACAGAUGGACAAUCAUCAACGGUCCAGACUGCUGAGUCCGUCAGGUGUCACCUGGAGUCGACCGCACUGUAGCUAUGUGCGGAAGACUCCCUAGCCGAAGAUACUCCGCCGGGGACAUGUCCGCGUAAGAGCCAAUCAUUUACAUCCCAAAACCGUCAUCACUGAAGAGGUGCUGUCGGUUUUUGGGUCUCUCUGUCCUUAGGUUCAACAUAUUUUAUGAUACCAUUUAGAUUCAAGGCGAGUCUUUGUCAUUUGCCGAUUCCGUCACGAUGAGGCCGACGCUAUCCCGGUCAUUUCAAUACUCUCUCCGAGUGCUCGGCCAUGAGAACCCCUUGGGACUCCCCAAGUCAGGCACGCCGCCAAAUUGGCCCAGGAAACCUGUCCAGCGCAAGAUCCGUGGCGUAGAAAAGGUCAUCGCUGUCUCGUCCGCCAAGGGUGGCGUUGGCAAGAGUACGAUUGCAGCAAAUCUAUCACUGGCCUUUGCCCGGCUCGGUUACCGCGCUGGCAUUCUGGACACCGACAUCUUUGGUCCAUCUAUCCCGACGCUCUUCAACCUGUCAGGAGAGCCUCGGUUGUCACAAAACAACCAGCUGGUUCCAAUGACAAACUAUGGUGUCAAGACUAUGUCGAUGGGCUACCUCGUACCAGAAGAGGACGCUGUGGUGUGGAGAGGCCCGAUGGUGAUGAAGGCUAUCCAACAACUACUUCACGAAGUUGACUGGGGCGCCUUGGACAUCCUUGUUCUUGAUCUGCCUCCUGGUACCGGCGACACGCAGCUAACCAUUACUCAGCAGCUUCUUCUUGAUGGGUCCAUCAUCGUCACCACGCCUCACACACUCGCCGUCAAGGAUGCUGUCAAGGGCAUCAACAUGUUUAACAAGGUCAACGUCAACAUCUUGGGCUUGAUCCAGAACAUGUCCCUCUUCAACUGCCCACAUUGUCACGGCAAUACGCACGUCUUCGGGUCCAAUGAGAGAGUUGAGCGCAUGUGCAGAGACCACAACAUCAGCUUCCUGGGCGACGUCCCCUUGCAUCAAUCCAUCGGCGACAAUGCAGACCUGGGCAAGCCUACUGUCGCGGCAGAGCCGACGAGCGAGAGGGCCGAAAUCUUCCUCAAGAUCGCCAGAGACAUUGCGCCGAAGAUUGACCUUUGCAUGCCUUAGCUCGCCAACCGACGUGCCCAACUCCGGAGCGCGCUGGUUCGACGUCGACAUAAUAGUGUACGAUAUCCUGUGCAGCCAAACGUUUAGUCAAGACGACCUUGGAGAUGGGGAAGUUGGGCAUCUCAUGUAUUUGUAUCAGGGGGGACCUCCGCACUAGAUGCGCAGGUUCCAGUCGCUCCCACAGUCGCCUGGGAGGGGGUAAAACGCGUGUACAAACCGUUAGCCUAUGUAGCGCGGAAACAAGACACAUUACCAGGAAGGGAACGAGACCGCUAAACCACCCAUAACGCCGCCCAAGCCUCGAACCUCCUUUUCGUUGGAAAUCCCCCCCACACGCUGGAUCCUUGGAAGC